AUGGCGGCGAGAUUUGCCGUAGGCUUAUCUGGAGUCAAUCCGUACUCGCUGGCCCCUCCGGUAACAGCAGGUGGCGGGGGAUCGGAUGACAUAGUUGGACCCGGUCGUCCUGGAGGCCGGGAGGGUGCGGCUGGUACCGCUCGAGAGUUCGGGGACGGCGGCGACGAUGAUGUAGCCGUGGCGGCCCUUGGAGCCGAUGGCGACGACGAUGUGGCCGUGGUGGCCCCGGGAGGCGGCAGCGACGAUGAUGUGGCCGUGGUGGCCCUUGGCGACGAUGACGAUGAUGAUGCAUCCGUGGUGGUUCUUGACGACGAUGACAUGGCUCGAGAGCCCGCUGCUGAGAUGACCGGUCUGGUCCUUGGAGACGGCGAUGACGAUGAUGUGGCCGUGGUGGCCGUGGUGGCCCUUGGACACGGCAGCGGCGACGAUGUGGCCGUGGCGGCCCUUGCAGCCGAUGGCGGCGACGAUGCCGAUGGCGAUGCGGAUGCACCCGUGGUGGUUCUUGACGACGAUGACAUGGCUCGAGAGCCCGCUGCUGAGGUGACCGACGGCGAUGACGAUGAUGUGGUCGUGGUGGCCCUUGACGAUGAGGUGGCCGUGGUGGCCCUUGGACACGGCAGCGGCGACGAUGUGGCCGUGGCGGCCCUUGCAGCCGAUGGCGGCGACGAUGCCGAUGGCGACGCGGAUGCACCCGUGUUGGUUUCUGGAGACGGCAGCGGCGAUGGUGUGGCCGCGGUGGCCCUUGGAGCCGAUGGCGGCGACGAUGCGGCCGUGGUGGCCCUUGGAGCCGAUCGCGGCGAUGAUGCGGCCGUGGUGGCCCUUGGAGACGGCAGCGACGAUGCUGUGGCCGUGACGGCCCUUGGCGAUGAUGACGAUGGCGACGAGGGUGCAUCUCCGGUGGCCCUUGGCGGCGAUGACGCUGGCGAUGAGGAUGCAUCCUUGGUGGCUCGAGAGUUCGAUGAUAACACAGUCCGAGAGCCCGAUGACGCUGUGGCGUCACUUGACUGCUGGAGUGGAUCCCGUGGGUGUCCACCGAUUACGACACCCUGCGACCACAGAUCAGGGACGCCUGGAUGA